GCUGUUAGGGCUCAGGUGUCCGAGGUUUCAGUUCAGUAUCUGGAAGAGAAAAAAGCUCCCGGCAUGCGCUGCGAAACGUCGGGCAUCACGCGAAAGGGCACGCGGCAACAACCCGAAAAACUCACCAGAGAGCCGUACGGCACAGCCGUUAAGGCCUACUCGGUGGUACCUUUAAAAAUAAAACAAAUGCGUUUCUGUUUCUGUGCGGCAGAUAAUCAUCCGCAGGGCGUGUAAAGUCAAAUAUCCAACCCCUGCACACCUACUGGACCCUCUACCGAACCUUCAGACGAACCUUCCAUCAAACAUUACCCCUGAAGAAACCUUCCGCCGGGGUGUGGGGAGACAGCGCGGCGACAGAGUCCGGGCGAUCGUCGUGUACACACGGAACCAUGCCUCUGCAUAACGAGAGCUUCCCGUCCGUGCUGUGCGUCGUGACCUUCGCGACUUUCAACUGCACCCCUUCGCAAAUGACCAACGUGGAGCGCGCCUUGCUCAUGGGCGCCUUUACCAUAGCCGUGGCCACGACCAUCACUGGCAACAUGCUCACCAUCUCCUCCAUCCUCUACUUCAGGCAGCUGCAGACGCGCACCAACGUGCUCGCCCUCUCGCUGGCCCUGGCCGACCUCCUCGUGGGCCUGCUGGUGAUGCCCUUCGCGUCCACCCGCACCGCCUACGGCUGCUGGUUCUAUGGCAGGACGUUCUGCAAGGUGCACACGUGGUUCGACUACACGCUCUGCACCUCGUCGAUCCUCAACCUCAUGUGCAUAUCCCUCGAGCGUUACGUGGCCAUCUGCGACCCCCUGCGCUACGCGCGGCGGGUCACCGGCGCCACCCUCGUCGCGAUGCUCGUGCUGUGCUGGAGCGGGGUCGUGGCGUACGGCCUCGCCUACCUCCUCGAGUGGAACAUCGCGGGCAUCGAGGACUCUGUGCAACAGACCACGUGCCCCGACAACUGCCCCGUCUUCAUGAACGUGCAGUUCGCGCUGACCAACACGCUGUGCGCCUACGUCACCCCGAUGCUGCUUAUGCUAGCUGCGUACGCCAAUGUGUACGCGAUGGCUCGGGCCCAGGCGAGAAAGAUCAGCAUCGCGAUGCUCCAGGCGCGAUCGGCCGACGCGGCGGUGCGCAGCCGGUGGAGCGCCAUGAAGCGAGAGCACAGCGCCACCAAGACGCUGGGAAUCAUCAUGGGGGCGUUCGUCGUUUUCUGGGUCCCCUUCUUCGUCGUCGCCGCCUCCGAGCCACUGCUCGGCUACGCGUCCGACCCAGUGGUGUGGGAAGUGGCCAACUGGUUCACCUACAUCAACUCCACAAUGAACCCCAUCCUCUUCGCGGCGUUCAAUCGCUCGUUCCGCAACGCGUUCUAUCUGAUCGUGAGCGGCAAGAUCAUGCGUGGCAGCUACAGAGGGACGGAUCUGUUCGGCUUCAAUGGCUCUGGUAAAUGAGUCAAGUAGGGUCGGUCGGGUGGUGCAGAAGGUGGGCCGUGCAGGAUUUUAUGAAAUGGUGCUUGAAGAGGCGUUGUCGCGGCCAGAAGUGGUGGUGGUGGUGGUGAUGCCGAAGGCCGGUGGGUCGACACUAACCGCAGAGCGGCAGCUAAAGGUGGGGACGUCCAGCGCAGCAAGAGAUGGAGCGAAAAGAUCUGCUCGCGUGUACCAGGCACGUGAUUAGUUAUUAGAUUAUUUCGAGCAUUUUUCUGUUAGAAAUUCACACUUGAAAAGCCACUUCGUUGAGCUGUUA